AUCAACUUCAGUGAUGACUUCUGUCUUUUUGUGGGGUUUCUUUUUGCUGUUUAGUGGAAUGACUUCAGCCCAGGAUGAUACCAACGCUGUUGAAACAAGAUCAUGCUUUCCAGAUAUGUGUGACCUCCUGAGAGACUUUGGUGCCAUGACAGAAAAAGUAAAAGCCAUGGAAAGGAGGCUGGAGGACAGUGAGGCCAGGCUACGGGACAGUGAGACCAGGCUACGGGACAGUGAGACCAGGCUACAGGACAGUGAGGCCAGGCUACAGGACAGUGAGGCCAGGCUACGGGAGAGUGAGACCAGGCUACGGGACAGUGAGACCAGGCUACAGGACAGUGAGGCCAGGCUACGGGACAGUGAAAAAAGACUGAACAACAGUGAAAACCAGAUUCUUGACCUAAUGAGCAAAGAAGGAACCAAGGUGAUUUUCAGUGCAGCAAUUGGAGAAGGAAGCAUUGACAUUGGACCUUUCAACAUACAUACAACACUAAUCUACAGAAGGGUGAUUGAGAACAUCGGCAAUGCCUACAAUAAAGCAACAGGUAUCUUCACUGCACCUGUUUCAGGUGUCUACUACUUCAACAUUUUCUAUCAUACUGGAGGGCUACAUGGAGCAUAUCUGUCACUCUACAAGAACUCCCAGCUGAUGGUCGUGACAAGUGAACAUGGAUCAAGCCCUGAUCGUAAUGAUAAUGGAGGAAACUCUGUGUUUCUGCAGCUGCAACCAGGAGACCAUGUGUACGUGUGUUUGGCUGCAAGUACGUGGGUUUGGGGAUCAGACUACAGUACCACUUUUAGUGGAUUUUUGGUCACUCAAAUGUGAGAAUCAGCACUCUGUCGUUCUCCCCUACGUACAUGAAUGUCCUUACAUAAAUGUAUGUAUUGCCUCUACAUUUUGGAAGUUCUUAAAAAUAAUAAUAUGAAUAUUUGAAUGGUAAGGCAAAAAAAAUGUUUUAAAGCAUGUAUUGAUAUUUGUGUGCAUUAUUCUAUAUUGUAUUCAAGCUACAUGAUCUAGCAAAGCCCAUCACUGUUUGUCAUUUAUUUGUUUUUCUUUGGUGUGUUUGUGAUAAAAGACGUUACGUUAUUAAAAAAAUAGACAGUUAUGUGACAGAACAGUGUUAAAGACAUGCUAAAGUGCUGAUUUGUUAUUGUGAGAUAACUGUAUGAAUGACGUCGUGUUACUGUCACUGAUUUUCUGCUGUUUUCUGGGGAAGCCUUUAACAACCAUGCCUUCUCCUUUGUGGCUGAAUGAAUUUCUUCUUAUUUCACUUAUGUCUCUUUACCCAGGCCCCCCUUAGCCAGCACCAUUUUACCAAGAUCUAUGUGUUUUUUUAACUAAAUUUCCCUUUAUCAAUGAACCUGUUUUUGUUUUUUAUUUUAUUUUAUUUUUUACUAUGGAUGAAUUAAAUUUACUUUUAAUAAAAAAAACAUG